AUGGGGCGACGGCGGCGCCCGGGGGCCGCGCGGCUGCUGCGGCUGCUGCUGCUGCUGGGCCUGACGGCCGGGGCCGGGGCCGGGGCCGGGGCCGAGGCCGAGGCCGAGCCGUGCCGUGUCUGCCGCGGCCUCGCCGACAGCUUCAGCAGGGGGCUGGAGCGGACGGAGCGCGAGGGCUUCGGCGGGGGCAACACGGCCUGGGAGGAGGAGAAACUGGCCAAGUACGAGCACAGCGAGACCCGCCUGCUCGAGGUGCUCGAGAGCGUCUGCGCCCCGUCGGACUUCGCCUGCCACCAGCUGCUGGAGCGCGGCGAGGAGCACGUGGAGCGCUGGUGGUUUCACGAGCGGCGGCAGCACCCCGACCUGCUGCGGUGGCUGUGCGUGGACGCGCUGGCGGCGUGCUGCCCCGACGGCACCUACGGCCCCGACUGCCUGCCCUGCGCCGGCGGGCCCCGGCAGCCCUGCAGCGGCAACGGCAGGUGCGACGGCGACGGGACGCGCGGCGGCACCGGCCUCUGCGUGUGCAGCCCGGGCUACGGCGGGCCCUUCUGCUCCGAGUGCGGCGACGGCUACUACGAGGCGUCGCGCAACGAGAGCCGCCUCGUGUGCGCCGAGUGCUACCGGGCCUGCGGGCGCUGCACGGGGCCGGAGGACUCCAGCUGCCUGCGCUGCAAGCGGGGCUGGGUGCUGCACGAGCACCGCUGCAUCGACGUGGACGAGUGCGGCACGGAGAUGGCGCACUGCCGAGCCAACCAGUUCUGCGUCAACACGGAGGGCUCCUAUGAGUGCCGAGACUGCUCCACGGCCUGCAUCGGCUGCAUGGGCGCGGGGCCAGCCCGCUGCAAGAGGUGCAACAAGGGCUACCGGCGGGACGGGGCCAAGUGCCUCGACGUGGACGAGUGCGCCGGCGCCGAGGAGGAGCCCGUGUGCGGCGGGGCGCAGGAGGUCUGCGAGAACAUGGAGGGCAGCUACCGCUGCGUGUGCGCCCCGGGCCACGUCCGCCGGGACGGCCAGUGCGUGGAGGACAAGCCGCCCGACGCCCCGGAGAAGGGCUUCUUCGACGACGUGACGGAGGACGAGGUGGUGGUGCUGCAGCAGAUGUUCUUCGGCGUGGUGAUCUGCGCCCUCGCCACGCUGGCCGCCAAGGGCGACAUGGUCUUCACCGCCAUCUUCAUCGGGGCCGUGGCUGCCAUGGCCGGCUACUGGCUCUCCGAUCGCGGCGACCGCGUCCUCGACGGCUUCAUGAAGGGCAGAUAGCCCCGGGCAUGGCCGGGGGCGGGCACGGCCCCACCGCUCGGGCCGGGGCACGGGGCUCUCGGAGCGGGGCUGGCGCCGGGCGCGGGGGGGGCCCCACCAGGUAGGAGCUCGCCUCCCCCCCCCGCCCUGCAGAAGGAGCGCGAGGGGCCUGCUCCGUCCCUCCCUCCGGGUCUCGGGCUCCCACGCGGAUCCCUGCUCCCGCCGGGCGCUUCGACGCCUCCCUGCAUGCCGGGGGAGGCAGUGCCGGGACGAGGCCGGCUCGGACGCCGGGGUUUUGGGGAGGGGGUGCUGGUCCCCCUCUGCCCGGCUGGUUUAGGGGUGCUGCAGUGCUGCGUGGGUCACCCUGCGGCUGGGAUGUGGCGUAAGCAGAGCGCGUGGGUCCUGCCCCACGGCUGGGGGCAGCACCGGCCCCGGCUGCCUUUGGCAGGUGCAAUACCUUGCUGUGCCCCCCACCCCCCCAGCCCUGCUGCCCCUCUCCCCUCCCAGCGUCUGCCCCCCCAGGCAGGGGCGGGGGGCCAAGGGGGCCCCUCGCUGCCGGGGUGCCGCACCGGCGGCCCUGCCUGCUGCAUGAACGUGGCUGUUGCGCUUGUCCGUCGGGGUGUGUCCAUCUGUCCGUGUUACCCAUAUCUCAGGAAAUAAAGCUGUGCACCCCCA